UCAGGAUGGCCAAACAUCACCAGCAUCCGCACCACCAUCAGAACAUCAACCGGUCGCCCCGGUUGAGCUACCUGACCUCGCACUCCCAGUCGCAGUCCUUUAUGAGCGAAAGUGGCGAGAUGACCGAGAUGAUGGACCUCGAGUCGGAGAACCUGCUGGGCGAGCGGUACGGCAGUGCGAUACAGGUCAUCAGCGGCAGCUCGUACAACGGCUCGGGGGGUCUGCUCGCGGCCAGUGCCGGCAACGGCAGCGACUUGCUGCUGGGCACGUCCGCCGCAACCCGGGUCGCCGCCCUCAACUAUCAACAGCAGCUGCAGAUCCUCCAGCAGCAGCAACAACAGCUCCAGCAGGCCCAACAGCUCGAGGAGCUGGGCAUCGGAUUUGCCGAAGGGAGCUUCAACAGCAAACUGCUCUCGCCGGCGGUGACCAUCGUCGAAAUGACCGCCGGCGGUUUACUUCCGAACUCGGGCAACAUGCGGCAGAAAAAUAUGAAGGCAAAAUCGGCGGUGGCCGCCGCGAUGGCCGCCUCCGGUGCCGAACAGGCCAACCUGAAUGCCAUCGGCCUUCAACUGUCGGUGGAUCGGGGUGGGCCCCAGGAGUGGGGUGAGGCCACUCGAAGUUACGUCAAGGCCCAGCGGAGACACGCCGGCCGGGCCACAUUCCAGGGCCAGGUGUACAAUUUCCUGGAGCGGCCCGCCGGCUACAAGUGCUUCAUUUAUCACGUUUCAGUGUAAGUACUAUCAGCAAUUUCCAUCCAAUCAAUUCCCAGCUACUGAAGCGUAAGUACAACGAGCCUCAAAGAUUCAGACCCUUAGCAAUAGUGAUUUAAUAAAACCC